AGCGGUGAAGGAGCUGGUCCUGGCGGAGCGUCCUGCUGUAAGGAGGGAGACUUCCACACUGCACAAAAAGCCAGGCGAGCAGCCGUCGCUGGAAUGAAGCAGAGCCCUCCAGCACUCGCCAUGGAUUAAAAACGGAAACUUUUACGAUGGCUCUGAACGUGAAAAAGUAGCCCGAGAAGCUAACCGCCGCCACCGCCGGACCCUCCACUGCAAAGCAACUCCUGGUAGAUGCACAGCCACCGCUGAAAAAAAUAUGCUCCAGCCAAGCCGCCUCAACCCCGGCUUCAAAUUCCCCGUGUUUUAACCAGUUUCGUGAGACAUUCGCUGGCCUUUCUUUUACAUUUACGUUUGUUUCUCUUAACGUUUUUACCUUUAAAGUCCGCUGUACAAGUCCCCGACCGACCUGCGAGAGAGAAUUAUGGCAGGGAAGCUGACAGCAGCGCAAGGCACUGGGAUACUGCUGGUUACAGCCAACGUUGGAUCCCUGUUCGAGGAUCCUGAAAAUCUACAGAAAACAUGGCUGAGGGAGUUUUACCAGACAGUACAGUCACACAAGCCUCACUUCGUGGCAGUGCACUGUCAAGAGGUCGGUGGGAAAAACUAUGAGGCAUCCAUGUCACAUGUGGAUAGUUUUGUGAAAGAGCUGCUGUCCAGUGAUGCCAUGAAGGAGUACAGCAGAGCCCGCGUCUACCUCGAUGAGAACUACAAAUCCCAGGAGCAUUUCACAGCUCUUGGAAGUUUCUACUUUAUCCACGAGUCUUUGAAAAACAUCCACCAGUUUGAUUUCAAAGCUAAGAAAUUUAAGAAAGUGGUGGGGAAGGAAACCUGCUCAGAGACACUAGAAAGCACACCUUCGCUGGAGAAGGAGAAGUUUCCACAGGACUACUUUCCUGAGUGCAAGUGGUCCAGAAAGGGAUUCAUCAGAACUCGAUGGGCCCUGGCUGACUGUGCCUUUGAUCUGGUCAACAUCCACCUUUUCCACGAUGCUUCCAACCUUGUGGCCUGGGAGAAAAGCCCCUCAGUCUACUCUGGGACCAGGCAGAAGGCCCUGGGAUACGUUUUAGACAGGAUCACGGACCAGCGGCAUGAGAAGUUGCCAUAUUUUGUCUUUGGGGACUUUAACUUCAGGUUGGACUCGAAGCAAGUAAUUGAGAGUCUCUGCUCUACUGCCACCAUGCAGACAGUCAGAGCUGCCGACACCAAUGAAGUUGACAAGCUAAUAUUCCGAGAAAGUGACAAUGACCGAAAGGUUGUUCUUCAACUUGAAAAGAAGCUUUUUAAUUAUGUCAACCAGGACGUUUUCCGGGAAAACAAUGGGACCUCACUUUUAGAGUUUGACAAAGAGCUGUCGGUGUUCAAGGAUCGACUGCAUGAAUUGGAGAUCUCUUUCCCACCCAGUUAUCCGUACAGUGAAGACAGCAGUCAGGGGAAGGAGUACAUGAACACCAGAUGCCCUGCCUGGUGUGACCGAAUCCUCAUGUCUCCCUUUGCCAGGGACCUGGUCUUGAAGCCUGAAAAUGAGGAGAAGUCUAUAGUCUAUGAUAACAUUGGGCCCAAUGUCUGCAUGGGGGACCACAAGCCUGUCUUCCUGUCCUUCCGAAUAACAGCGGGGGCAGGUAAACCUAAUGCAAAUAAGCACAAGUGUUGUGUGGUGCAGUGAUGUCGUGGGAAGUCUUGCCAAAGGGGGGAGAACAUAUUCCGUGAAGCGCCUCUGUGAGAACACAAGAGAAACAAACACCACACACAGACACAUUUGCACAAACACACUCACACACACACAGACACACACACACUUUGCACAAGCGUACACUGAAGACAAACUUUUUCAGUAGUGCUGACCAGUUGCAGUUGUCCGGACACCUCAUCCAUAUGAAAACACAGCCGUUUUCUCUCCAUAAAACACUUUUUGAGAUGUGGACGAGCACCCGAGGGCCCGGCUCCAGACAAGACACACAUCGCUGACCUCACCGUUGCCAUGCAACCCCAUUCCCCAGAGAAGAAAAAACAGGACGGACGGACGGACGGACGACUCUUUUCCAUGCCACAGCCACAUUGCCAAAACUCUAAUUGAAAUCAGUCCUACUACAUCCUUUUAGACACCGUACUUGCCAUUUUUAGGUAUGCCUCUAUGUAUAGAAGCUACUUUCCAUACAGUAUGUAAGGUGUUUUAAAAAAAGAAAAGUGCAAUGCAAAAAAAGUUGUAUAUCUAUAUUGUUAGGUUUAUUUGUAAAUUGGACAGUAUAACAUAGAGUUGUUGAUGGUUUUAGUGCUGUUCUCUUUUCUGACCAAACUUUGUGGUCCCUUUGUUGGAAUAGAUAGAAACUUCUGACUUUAUUUC